UAGGCUGCCCUUAUGCCAACCCUGUUUAACUCUCAGUCCAAGACAUAUAAACUACUCUUUUUGUAAGACACCAAUUGUGCAGAGUUGUUCUUCGCAGCGUGGACAGUUUAAGAUGGAAAUCAAAGAGAUUUUGACGAAAGUGUUUGACACGAACAAAAAAGUUGUUAUUUACGUUUCAGCUGCAAGCCUUGCUUUGCUCGGGCUUGGACUUGGGUACAAGUAUUUGCGAAAACCGAAGUUAACUCCAGUCGGAGUUAUUUCGCAGCUGAUCAUUCAUCCACUGAAAUCAGGAAAAGGAGUUUUAGUUGACGCGGCAGAAUGUCAACUUAUGGGACUAAAAUGCGGCGAACUCAGCGAUCGCCACUGGCUAAUCAUCUACGAGGACGGUCAGAUGGUCACGGCCCGACAGCAACCCCGCUUGGUGCUUGUGUCACUGAAGUGUGAGGGGGGACAGCUUUGUCUAGAUGGACCGGACAUGGAGACAUUGCGAGUCCCCCUUCCGAAAUCAAACAAUGCCGUCUAUAACUGCAGAGUGUUUAGCGAAGACACGCAAGGCCGGGAUUGUGGAGAAGAGGUGUCUCGCUGGCUCACGCAGUAUCUUCAGACAGACAAGCCCGUUCGUCUGGUGCACUAUGAACCCCAGCUGAAAACCGUUAGGUCUUGUCAGAGAGAGCCUCUUUUCCCACGAGAUGUGAAGGUGGCCUAUCCAGAUGCUGCUCCUAUCAUGUUACUGUCGGAGGCCUCAGUGCGGGACUUGAACAGCAGGCUUCAGAAUGAUGUCACGGUGUCUCGAUUCCGGCCUAGUAUUGUGGUCGACGAUUGUGAGCCCUUUAAAGAGGACACAUGGGAUAAUAUACAGAUUGGCCAAGUGCAGCUGAAACGAAUAAUGGGCUGUGGAAGGUGUGUUUUCACCACCGUUGACCCUGAAACUGGAAUUAUCAGCAGGAAAGAGCCUUUGGACACACUGAAAACCUAUCGGCAGUGUGAUCCUGCACAGAAGAACAUAUAUAAAAGUGCACCAAUAUUUGGCCAGUAUUAUAUUGUCAAGAAAACUGGAAUACUUCAUGUUGGUGAUCCUGUUUAUAAGAUAAGUUACUAAGUGAAGGAGUCAAGGCGUUGGUAAAUGACCAGAUGGCUUGUUAUAAUCAAGAGAAUAGGAAAAAUAGGAGCACUUACUUUGAAAUUGGUGAAGUCUUGAUUUUUGCAUAGUACAAAGGUAAAUCUACAGUCAGUUCAUUUGAUUAAAAAGAAGAAAAAUCCAGAUAAUGUAAACUGUUUCUUAUUGCUUCAUAGAAAAAAACCCAGAAAUCAUUACUCGUGGAGUGAUUUUCUCACCUGAAAGCUGAGCAAGAGUACACAGUUAAAUAGUUUCAUAAUUUUGAUAAUAAGCAUUUAUCUCUAUCUUAAGAGCAUUUUACAUUAGUGGUCACUCUGGAAAGUAGUCAAUUUACCUGUCAUUAUGAUGAUUCAUAGAUUCUAACACAUAUUUGUGUAAUUGCAAGGCUUUUGAGAUUUUGAGUCUAGCUUCUUCAGUGAAGAUAAUGUGAUAAAGAGAUAAUGCUGCUAGUGUUAGCAGAGAGGUCCUAGAUGGUUAAAGGAGACUGUUUUGAUGGCAGUAUCUCUGUUUUAUAUGAGUAGAGACCAUAUAGUGUAUCAGAAGUGUUUGACAUAUAUGUGUAACUGUGGUAAUAAAGAAGAAUGAAGCAUG